AUGCAGAUUGACUACAAGGACCCAACGCCACUAUCGUCCAGGAAGUGUCUGUGGCACGGCCUGACCGAAGCGCUGCCCGAUCGAAGAGGGUUUUGUACUUUUCUUCUUGUGCACGUACAUGCAGCUCUGUGGCCCUUGGGCAUGAUGAUGGAUGACUUCGGUACGACUUCCGUCGCCAACAAGCGAGUCGCGAACUGCCGGUAUAAGAGCCUCCGCCUUACAGACAGGAGCGAUUUCCUCACACUGUUUUAUAUGGCGCCGACUGAUCGCCGCGAGAGAGCGCUUCCUAAGCGACGCUUUUGGAGGGUUUAUCUGCCAGCUUUACCGGAGAUAUCUAUUCGAGCCCUCUGGGUCCCAAUUGAAUCAAGCCCUAUCCUCUGGACGUAUGGGCUCCCGUACUUCGCCGUCGUCGAGGAUAAAUUCAUACUAUGCGGCGACGACCGCCGUGGAAAGAUCCAACACCAGUUGCACUCGCGCCGGGAAGGCUCGAGUCACCAGCGCGGCACUCCUCAUAGGCCUGAAUAUUACCCAUUGGGGAUGAGUCUUCGGCAACCCAAGUCCUCCCACGGUGGGAUGCCCUUCGGGGGCAGCACCACGAAGUCGCUGAUCGACACCUCCCCCUUUUUCUUCACUCUUCAUCAUCUGCUGAGGAUCUCGACAUUGAGUACAUCUUGA